UACAGUAUUAAAGCUUCCGGUGUUGUGUAAACAUGUGGAUUAGGUAGGUUUAUUUAAGUGUGUGCCGACUGUUUUUGUCAUUAACUCUGAGGCUUUAGUGCGCAGAGAAAGCCACUGCAUUCAUUAAAAAAUGGAGACCGAAAGUCGACCCAAAAAGAGAUUCCAUGCAGAGGAUGAAAGGUCAGGUUCAGAGGGAACGGAGGAUGAUGAUUAUGUUCCAUAUGUUCCAGUCAAAAUAAGAAAACAACAAAUGCUACAAAAGAUGUUACGUCUGCGAGGAAAGGCAGUGGACGAGGAGCAGAAGGACAGUGGGGAGGAGCAGAGGGAUGAGGACGAGGGUCUUGGUCCACGCUCAAAUGUCAGUCUCCUUGACCAGCAUCAGCACCUCAAGGAAAAAGCAGAAGCCCGUAAGGAGUCAGCCAAGGAGAAGCAGCUGAAAGAGGAAGAGAAGAUUCUUGAGAGUGUUGCAGAAGGCAGAGCUCUGAUGUCUGUGAAGGAGAUGGCCAAAGGUAUCAUAUAUGAUGAUCCCAUAAAAACAAGCUGGAAGCCACCACGCUACAUCCUGAAUAUGCCAGCCACCCGACACGAGCGCGUCAGGAAGAAGUUUCACAUCCUGGUUGAUGGCGAUGGCAUCCCUGCUCCAAUCAAAAGCUUCAGGGAGAUGAAGUUUCCACCAGCAAUUCUUAAAGGUCUGAAAAAGAAGGGCAUUGUGCAUCCCACACCAAUUCAAAUACAAGGAAUCCCUACAGUUCUGUCAGGUCGAGACAUGAUUGGCAUAGCCUUCACUGGUUCUGGUAAGACUUUGGUCUUCACUCUGCCCAUCACCAUGUUUGCCCUGGAGCAGGAGAAACGGCUGCCUUUCUUCAAGAGAGAAGGACCAUAUGGACUCAUCAUCUGUCCCUCACGAGAGUUGGCGAGGCAGACUCACAGCAUCAUCGAGUACUACUGCAAGCUGCUGGAGGAGGAGGGAGCUCCUCAGCUGCGCACUGCCCUCUGCAUUGGAGGAAUGUCUGUCAAAGAGCAGAUGGAGGUUGUAAAACAUGGUGUCCACAUGAUGGUCGCAACCCCAGGCAGACUGAUGGACUUGCUGCAGAAGAAGAUGGUGAGUCUGGACAUCUGCCGCUACUUGGCUCUGGACGAGGCUGAUAGGAUGAUUGACAUGGGCUUUGAGGAAGACAUCAGAACCAUCUUCUCCUAUUUCAAGGGACAAAGACAAACUCUGCUUUUCAGUGCCACUAUGCCCAAGAAGAUCCAGAACUUUGCCAAGAGUGCGCUGGUCAAACCCAUCACUAUCAACGUGGGCAGGGCCGGUGCUGCUAGCUUGGAUGUCAUCCAGGAAGUGGAAUACGUCAAAGAGGAAGCCAAGAUGGUGUAUUUACUGGAGUGUCUUCAGAAAACCCCACCCCCUGUGUUGAUAUUUGCUGAGAAGAAGGCUGAUGUAGAUGCCAUCCAUGAGUAUCUGCUGCUAAAAGGAGUAGAGGCAGUGGCCAUCCAUGGAGGAAAAGAUCAGGAAGAAAGAACAAAAGCAAUAGAGGCAUUUAAAGAAGGAAAGAAAGACGUUUUGGUUGCCACAGACGUUGCGUCCAAGGGUCUGGAUUUCCCAGCUAUACAGCAUGUUGUGAAUUAUGACAUGCCUGAGGAGAUAGAAAAUUAUGUCCAUAGAAUUGGAAGAACUGGACGAUCGGGCAAGACUGGUAUUGCCACUACGUUUAUCAAUAAAGGCUGUGAUGAGUCAGUAUUGAUGGAUCUUAAAGCCCUGCUAGUUGAAGCGAAGCAGAAGGUUCCUCCAGUCCUCCAGGUUCUCCAGACUGGAGACGAGACCAUGCUGGACAUCGGAGGAGAGAGGGGAUGUACAUUUUGUGGUGGUCUGGGUCAUCGUAUUACAGACUGUCCGAAGUUGGAGGCCAUGCAGACCAAGCAGGUCACCAACAUCGGGCGGAAAGACUACCUGGCUCAUAGCUCAAUGGACUUUUAAGAAGUUUUCAUGACGAAACAUUUCUGAGGAAGCUUCACAGUUAUGUCAUGUCACUGAAGUGAAGGAAGUGUACUUUUACCCACCACCUUACAUAGUUUGUAGGUCUGUCAGACAAAAAAGAAUUUUGUUACUUUUUUUGCCGAAUUGACAAAUCAUACUUGUCCUGUAUGUGUAGCUUUUGUAACAUACAUUUUUGAUACUCUAAUUGUAAAUAAAACCACUCUAUCUGC